CCAGGACGUGGUACUCACCAGCCCCUCUUGAAGGCGGCAUCACCGGACAGACCCUUGAGCCUGAGAUUGGCGGGAACUCUGUGUUGGGCACAGCUGGUCCACAGUUCAUUGCCUGCCAGGGGCCAAGGGCGGCUCUGACCACCCAAGGACUCUCCCUCCCAACUCAAAUGCUGACAACUGACUUCUGACUCCUGACCUCUGGCGCCACCUGUCCCACCCUGCUCUUCCUAAGGGGCUGGGAAACCCCUAGAAGCUUCGCUGUAGACGUGGGUGUUGACGCCUGGCUCACCCCGGGAGCCAAGGCCGUGCAGGGGGCUUGGUUCUCAGCCCCCAGCUGGGCCACCAUGGUGCGGCGGCUCCAGGACGAGCUGGCCGCCUUCUUCUUUGAGUACGACACCCCCCGAAUGGUGCUUGUGCGCAACAAGAAGGUGGGCGUCGUCUUCCGCCUGAUCCAGCUCGUGGUUCUGGUCUACGUCAUUGGGUGGGUGUUCGUCUAUGAGAAGGGCUACCAGACCUCGAGUGGCCUCAUCAGCAGCGUGUCUGUUAAACUCAAGGGCCUGGCUGUGACGAAGCUCCCAAGCCUGGGCCCCCAGGUCUGGGAUGUGGCUGACUACGUCUUCCCGGCCCAGGGGGACAGCUCCUUUGUGGUCAUGACCAAUUUUAUCGCGACCCCCCGGCAGGCCAAAGGCCACUGUGCAGAGAACCCCGAAGGGGGCACGUGCACGAAUAAUAGUGGCUGCACCCCGGGAAAGGCAGAAAGGAAGGCCCAAGGCAUCCGCACAGGCAAGUGUGUGGCCUUCAACGACAUCGUGCAUACGUGUGAGAUCUUUGGCUGGUGCCCCGUGGAGGUGGAUGACAACAUCCCAUGCCCUGCCCUUCUCCGAGAGGCCGAGAACUUCACUCUCUUCAUCAAGAACAGCAUCAGCUUUCCACGCUUCAAGGUCACCAGGCGCAACCUGGUGGAGGAGGUAGAUGCCGCCUACAUGAAGACCUGCCUCUAUCACAAGACCUUGCACCCACUGUGCCCAGUUUUCAAGCUCGGCUAUGUGGUACAAGAGUCAGGCCAGAAUUUUAGCACCUUGGCCGAGAAGGGCGGGGUGGUAGGCAUCACCAUCGACUGGCACUGUGACCUGGACUGGCAUGUGCGACACUGCAAACCCGUCUAUGAGUUCCACGGGCUGUAUGAAGAGAAAAACCUGUCUCAAGGCUUCAACUUCAGGUUUGCGAGGCACUUCGUGGAGAAUGGGACCAACUACCGGCACCUCUUCAAGGUGUUUGGGAUUCGCUUUGACAUCCUCGUGGACGGCAAGGCUGGCAAGUUUGACAUCAUCCCCACCAUGACCACCAUUGGCUCUGGGAUUGGCAUCUUUGGGGUGAUCUACCUGCUUGUGCACCUCCUGUCCCCUUCCCUCCCGAGUGAGCAGAGGAUUCCUCCUUGGAAAUCACACCUCACCCAGCCUGGAGGCCGCCUCUCCUCUCUCCCGCUCCUCUUCUGCCUCCUCACAGCCCACAUUUCCCUGCUGCUCUGUCUGCUCUCCGUUCACUGCCACCACCAUUCCAGAAAGACCAGUCUACACUUCCCUCUGGGUCCCACCCUCUACAAUUGGCCUCCAGCCCCUACCCCCACUUCUAGGUGCCCUUGCCAAGGUUACCAGUGGCAUCCUUGUUGCCAAAUCCAAGCAGACACUUCAGCCCAUAUCCUGCUCGGCCUGUCAGCCUCUGACACUGUUGGGUGAGCCCUCCUUUGUUGAAAGAUUUCCUUCCAGCAGCUCCUAGGACCCACCCUCUCCAGAUUUUCCAGCCAGCCUGGGGUGAAGGGAUAAGAUAGUUUUCAAUUGCAGCUCUGUCACUGUGUGUCCUUGGGCAAGUUGCUUAACUCUCCAAGCCUCCUCUGUGAGUCAGGGAUAAUAAUAGCCUCUACUCAGGUUGGGGUAAGAUAAGAUACGUAAAGUACCUAGCACAGAGCCUGGCACACCGUAGUGCUCUGCCCCUGCCUCUAUCCUCUCUUUCAAUGGCGGAGUCAGCUAGCUGUCCCCAGGUUCUUGGCUGGGUAUGUGGCUGCCUAGAAUGGAAGCUGCAUUUCCCAGCCUCCUCUUGCCUCUGGGUCUGGUCAUGUGACUAAGUUAUAGCUAAUCGGAUGUAUGUGGAAGUGUCAUGUGACGCCUUCUGGGAACUUUCCUUAAAAGAGAGCUGGUGCAGAUCCUUUGCCCUCUUCUUCUUCAUCCUUGUCUCCAUCCCACUGCCUGGAAUGUGUAUGUGAUGGUUGGAGCUCUAGCCACCAUCCUGA